GGAAAUUUGGUGCCAUUAUUACAGCUCUGUCUAUAACAACGGUGCGAAUGUUGGAAGCAUGGAAGCAUACCAAAGGUCGAUAAUGGCGGCAAAACACUUCUAACCAAACUUCCCCAAAUUGCCCCUCUCCCUACCCCCUACUCCCCACCCACCCAACAAGAUCAAAGGUACCCCCACCCACCACCCUGGAAAGACAAAGCUCAAGAAACAAGGUUACUUUAAAAGCAUCUUUCUUUGUUGCUUUUCUGUAACUCAUAGAUAGGGAAAAAUAAAGUUGGGUUUUGAAUCUUCUGGUCUAUUGUCAUGGAAAACGGUGCUAACGGGUAUAGCUUUUCCGACAAGGCAGCGGCGUCAGGUGGUGGUGCCGCCGGAAAUGGAAAUGCCUUUUUUGGCAGUUACCGCGGGUUCGAUGAAGUGAUGGGUCGUCAUACUCUUACUAGCUACGGCGGCGGCGGCGGCGCGGUAGGGGUGCGGAUUUCCCAUCCUUCUCAUCACUACUCCAAUAAUUCUCCCCUGCCAUUCAAAUCCCCAGCUAUGGGGUUUCCAUUUACAUGGACACAGUGGAAAGAACUGGAGAGACAAGCAAUGGUUUAUAAGUACAUGAUGGCAGCUGUACCUGUUCCUUCUGAUCUUCUCUUACCCAUUUCCACAAACACCUAUCUUGCAUCCCACACCACAAAUCCUCCAUUUUCAGGUGGGAAUGUUCAUUAUGGUGUCGAGGGAAAGAACAGAGAUUUAGAGCCAGGAAGGUGCAAAAGAACAGAUGGCAAGAAAUGGAGGUGCGCCAAAGAGGUGGCGCCUAACCAGAAAUACUGUGAGCGGCAUUUGCACCGAGGCCGUCCCCGUUCAAGAAAGCCUGUGGAAGAUCAUCACGCCGCCCCCGCCCCCGCCGCCGCCGGGAACACCGCCUCCAAGAAGAGUCGCACCCUUCAACCUCCUCCUCCGAUUCAAUCUGCUGAUACACCAUCCCUGUCAAACUUUAUGGCUGGAUCUCCAAACAAGCGAACCCAGACUUUUGAUGAUCCUAAUAUGAAGGAGCUUAAGCUCUCGCUCUCCAAUUUCAGUGAAUCGCACAGGAGUUUUGACUGGAUGAAGAUGAUGGAAGGGGAUAUGGUAGCAAUGGGAGGAGCUGAGGAGCAAUGGAAACAACUGAUGGGCACAACCACAACAAACACAAGAAUGAACUCUUUUGAGACAUCUCUUCUCUAUAAUAAUGGUACAAGUGCCUAUAAUAAUGGUACAAGGGCUGAUGAUGACGACGACGACAAUAACAACAAUUACAACAACGCCCCCCAAUUUUUCCAAUUCGAUCAGAUUGGCAGAAUUAAAGACGACACCAACGGGGGCAAGGGAAAUGUGUAUUUCAACAAUCCCGAGGAGGAUGUAUGGUCGAACACACCAAUGGCGACUGUUGGAGACAACAUCGGAACAUGGAAACCGCCCCUUUCUUUGUGGGCUCCAUUUGAGUCGGGAGGGCCGUUGGGGGAGGUUCUGAAACCGAGCAGCAGCCAACAGCAAAAUGACGGGGAUUCGUUUAGUCAGGCCGGGACUAGUAGCGUCUCUUCCCCGUCAGGGGUUCUACAGCAGCCAAAGGCCGCCACACCGUUCUCCCAGUCGGAUGGCAGCGUUUGUAAUAGUCCCACGACUCUUCCACAACCUACUCCUGCUUCAGAGAUGCUCCCAUUCCAGUGGCUUAUCUAGUCUACUCAAUGAUAGGAGUUGAAAAGAACUAGAAAUUCCAAAAUGGUGUUGAAACUUCUUUGUUCCUUAGCCUUUACCUUUGAAAGUUGGCACUUACCAUGAUGAUAUGCUUCUUCUAUCCCGGCGAUAUGGAGGGGUAGACCUACUAUAGUUGUAAAUUUUGUGAUUUCAAUUUUGUGGAGUCCUUUUACUGCAGGUUAAUUGGGG